AUGGCUGUGCAAAAUGAUCUAUGCAUUCCAGUUUCUAAUGAAAAAUCUGAACAAGAACAUUGCAAAGUCUCUAUUGCAUCUUUAAUGAUGGGUGUUGGAGCUGUUAAACAAGAUGUUAGAGCCAUGAUUACUUCUACAGGUUUAGUUGCAGGUGCUUGCAGGAUGGCAAUAGGAGAAUUUUUUUCAGUCUACUCACAAGAAGAUGUAGAGGUGGCUCAGAUGAAAAGAGAGACCACUGUUGCAGGAAAUGAGAAAAGUGUCCAUUUGUAUGGAUCAAGUUAUUAUAUGUUUUACUUGCUUUAG